AAACAAAGGCUGCUUAGGAAGCUCAUAAAGUAGCUUGACUCUUGCAGUAUCAAGUAAACUAAUCCCAGCAAACUAGUUCCCAAUAAUGGUCUUUGCAGCACCGAAAUCAAUGCAUGUUGAAUUCCACAAUUAUUUCUUGAUAUCUAUUUUCUUACUCUUGAACUUGAUUAUUCCAAAUGUAUCCUCAUUGACCUUUAACUUCACUAGUUUUGAUCCUAAUGAUAAAAACAUAAUCUAUGAAGGAUCAGCAAAACCGUCAUCAUCGGCUAUCGAUCUUACUAUGAACUUUGGAAGCAUUGGUAGAGCCACAUAUUACCAACAUAUCCAUUUGUGGGAUAAAACUACAAAAAAUCUCACAGAUUUCACAUCCCAUUUCACUUUUACCAUAAAUUCAAAGAAUAGAAGACAUUAUGGAGAUGGUAUGGCAUUCUUUCUUGCCCCUUCUGGUUCAAAGAUGCCUAAUGCUACAAAAGGUCGUUCUAUGGGUCUAACACUUGAUGACCGAGCAAUGAACUCAACUCAAACUAAUCCAUUUGUUGCUGUUGAGUUUGAUAUCUAUAAGAAUUCUUUUGAUCCACCGCUUGAACAUGCCGGAAUCGACAUCAACUCAAUGAUAUCUAUUGCUAAUGUGACAUGGAUGGCUGAUAUCAAACAAGAAUUUGUUACUAUUGGCUUCUCAGCUGCCACAGGAAAUGCAACUGCUAUUCAUACUCUCAAUUCUUGGGAUUUUAGCUCAAAUUUGGAAGCAGAAGAAGAUAACAACAAAACAAACAUAGAAAAUACCAACAUAGCUCCUACUCCUAGUUCUAAGAAGAAAAAGUCCAAGGCAGGACUAGCAGUAGGAUUGGGAAUUGGUGGAUUUGUUUUCAUUGCGGUGUUUGGUUUUAUUUCAUUUUACUUGUGGAAGAAGUUAAAGAAAGGAAAAGAAGAGGAAGAUGGUGAUUUUGAAGAGUACAUGGGUGAGGAUUUUGGAAGAGGAGGACCUAAGAAGUAUACAUAUGCAGAAUUAGCACAUGCAGCUAAUAAUUUCAAAGAUGAACAUAAGCUAGGACAAGGAGGAUUUGGAGGUGUUUAUAGAGGUUUUCUUAAAGACACAAAAUCUUAUGUUGCUAUUAAGAGGGUGUUAGAAGAUUCUCGUCAAGGGAUAAAAGAAUUUGCAUCAGAAGUAACAAUUAUUAGCAAAUUAAGGCAUAGAAAUCUAGUGCAACUAUUAGGUUGGUGUCAUGAAAGAAAAAAGCUCUUGCUUGUAUAUGAGUACAUGCCAAAUGGUAGUUUAGACAUUCAUCUUUUCAAGGAACAAAGUUUGUUGAAAUGGGCUAUUAGAUAUACAAUUGCUAGAGGCUUGGCUUCUGCAUUGUUAUAUUUGCAUGAAGAAUGGGAACAAUGUGUUAUACAUAGAGACAUAAAAGCAAGCAACAUAAUGUUGGAUUCAGAGUUCAAUGUAAAACUUGGAGAUUUUGGUUUAGCAAGGUUUGUGGAUCAUGCAAAAGGUGCACAAACUACAGCUAUAGCAGGGACUUUAGGAUACAUGGCUCCUGAAUGUGCUACCAUAGGAAGGUCUAGUAAAGAAACAGAUGUGUAUAGUUUUGGAAUUGUUGCUUUAGAGAUAGCUUGUGGAAGAAAACCUAUCAUUAAGGCUCAAGAAAAUGAAAUAAAUAUUGUGGAGUGGGUUUGGGGGCUAUAUGGAAGUGGGAGAAUUCUUGAAGCAGUAGAUCCAAGACUAGGUGAAGAUUUUGAUGAGGAACAAAUUAAGUGCUUAAUGAUUGUUGGUCUUUGGUGUACUCAUCCUGAUCCUAAUAAUAGGCCUUCAAUAAGACAAGCUACUCAAGUGAUUAAUUUUGAAGCUACAUUGCCUAAUCUUCCAUCAAGUAUGCCUGUGCCAACAUAUCUUGAGGGUCCUUUGAAGUCAUUCACUACUCCAUUCAGCAUAAAUGGUUCAGAGAAAAGUCAAAACACAAACUCAAAUGGUGUCACUGCUUCUGAUGAUGGUUCUCCUUCUGAAUCACUUGUGUGUUCUAGUUCUAGAUGAAAAUAAUUGUCUUAAUUCAUGUUUCUUUCUUUUGAAUGUAUUUA